AUGGAUCAUCAGAAAAAUAGCGGCGAGUUUCAGAGCAGCCUCUCCAGCACCGGAACAACAGAAGCACCGAUUAUUCCUAUGGAGCCGAAGAAAUCAAAUGAAUCUGCAAAAGAGCUGAGGUUGAAUGUACAUGAAUUGAAAUCUGCCGUCAAAGCCACCACCGUAGACUUUGGCGACUCCGUUCAUGGGGGUACCGUGAGCAGCACCAGCCAAUCGUCUCCUCCUCCUACGGGGACCAACAUCUCCUCCACUCCGACGUCAAACAACAACCCACCGCCUCCUCCUCCUACGGGGACCACCGCCUCCUCCUCCCCCACUCCGACGUCAAACAACAACCCACCGCCUCCUCCUCCUACGGGGACCACCGCCUCCUCCUCCCCCACUCCGACGUCAAACAACAACCCACCGCCUCCUCCUCCUACGGGGACCACCGCCUCCUCCUCCCACUCCGACGUCAAACCACAACCCACCGCCUCCUCCUCCUACGGGGACCACCGCCUCCUCCUCCCCCACUCCGACGUCAAACAACAAUUGAACGCCUCCUCCUCCUACGGGGACCAACGUCUAAAUUACCACAGGCAGCUAAUGGGACAUCGUUGCUCCCCCCCGGACCCAUACUAUGGACAAAUUGACGGAUAUGGCAACGUUGCACAUACUGCAACAAACAAUAACUGA